GAGAUGAUUUAGUUAAACAGACUCAGGACACAGUGACUGCUCUGAGUUUGUAGGAGCAGGUUUGUAACUAUGGAGGUUUUAUGCAGGAUCAAGCUUCUUUUGGUCGUUAUGGUGAUGCUGUGUCUCCAUCACAUCUCUUCUUCCUCUGCUCAGGAGUGUCCAUCCACUCAUGAUCUGCUGAACUCGCUGCGGCAGGUGGAGAAGAUGUUGGCCGUCCAUGAGGCGUCGUACCAACAGGGCCUUCGCUCCCUCAGGAAGAAGCUGAGCGCUCUGCACAACAGCACCAUGGCAAUAUUUAAGAAAGAUGCCGCCUGCCCCAAACCAGAGCCCCCCACCCACGGCCGAAGACUGGGUCGGGUUUUUGGAGUCGGACACGAGGUCCACUUCCUGUGUAAACCUGGCUAUGAGCUGAUUGGUCCACGCACACGAGUGUGUCUGGACUCUCUGAAGUGGAGUGGCCAACAGCCGAUGUGCAAACGCUUUAACAGCACCAUCAACUCCUUGCCCUUCUUCUCUUCUGGAUCUUCCCCUUCCUCCUCCUCCUCCUCCUCCUCCUCCUCCUCCUCUUCCUCCUCCUUCCCUAUUUCUGCUGCUCUAUCAGCACCUUCCUCCUCUUCAUCAUCACCCUCUCCCCUCUCCUCUUCAUCACCCACGUCCUCCACUCUAUCCUCCUCUGUUCGACCGUCUCAUUGCACUCACUUCCUGGGCUCCACCCGUUGCACCUGUGACGUGGGUUUCACCAUAUCAGGACGAGACAACAACAUCUGCACAGACAUCGACGAGUGUCUUCUGUUUCCUCUCGGCCAACCUGGUCGUCUUUGUGUCCAUCAGUGCGUUAACACACCCGGCAGCUUCCACUGCUUCUGCCCAUCAGGUUACGACCUCAGCAGGGACGGCCGCAGCUGCUCAGACGUAGAUGAGUGUGAAACCCGGAUGCACAACUGCACAGGAGAUCAGAUGUGUGUCAACACCUACGGAGGAUUCCAGUGUGUGACGGUGGAGUGUCCUCUACUGAAGAACGCCACUUACAUCAAGACCUCACCGAUGCGCUGUGAGAGGAACCCAUGCAUGCUGGGAGACAAGGCCUGCACUCAAGCACCAAGCUCCAUCUCCUUCCACUACCUGUCCAUGGUGUCCAACAUGUCCGCCCCCCGGGUCCUGUUCAGGGUCUCAGCAGCUCGGGUGCUGGGUGACACCCUGCGGUUCGGUUUGGCAGGCGGCCGUGGACGCGGCCACUUUAGCGUGCAGCGUUCCGGCCGUCAGACCGGCACCCUUCUCCUGGUGACGCCCAUCAAAGGUCCGGCCACUCUGGAGGCCGAGGUGGAGAUGAGCGAGCUGGAGCGCAACAACCUGCUGGGCCGAUACCUCACCAAGGUCACCCUGUUCAUUUCACCAUAUGUGUUUUAGAGAAAGGGUGGGAGAAGGGGGCUGGGGCUCAGGGUUUACCAGGUGUUGGCAUCACUUCAACUUUAAUCACAAACAGAAAAGAAACACUGUAACAUGGUGACGUUAAAUAUAUUACAUAGAUCAGAAAUUAUGUCAAGGAUGAUAGCGUUAAAGAGAGGAUGAAGGUUCAGUUGUAUUGACGUGAACAGGAACACAAGCACAACAUAUUUUAGCCAAAUCAGUCUAAAUGUAGCCAGUGCUUUAGGUCAGGGGUGUCAAACUCAUUUUAGUUCAGGGGCCACAUGCAGCCUAAUAUGAUCUAAAGUGGG